ACCACGCUCCGUCGCAACCUACGACAAACACGACAAAUACCUGUGCGACGAACCCAACAUAGGUUCGUCUCUUUCCUCAAACUAAGCGCCUCCCAGGCCGAAAUACAGGAAGGAUCGCUCCCGAACCCUCCUACUUUUCUAAGAAGCCCAGGAAGCCACCACUUAUCUACACAUUCCCCAACCUCGCCAUACCAUCGUGACUAUUACAUCUCACGACCUUCUUGGGCCCACCAUGGAUUGGGACAUGGAUAUGGAGGAUGUCGCCGAAGGAUUUGCUCCUCCGACCACCGCAAUUGCCGACAGCACAAAUACCGGAGUAUCGAAUGCGAUACCCCUUACCACGACCGAGCGCGACCUGGAAAGCUCAACUUUGGUACCCAACAAGGUUCAUGUCCGAGGAUUGGAGACGUUGACGACGGACGAUAUCAAGACAUACGUGAGGGACCAUUAUGGCCCCACAAAUAGGAUCGAAUGGAUCGACGACGAGUCUGCGAACUUGGUCUUCGGAUCUGAGUCCUCGGCACAGGACGCUCUGAAAGCCUUGAGCGCCGUUGACAUCGCCGAUGUGACUCAAUUGCCCAUCAACGAGACGAUCCCUGCUAAAGCCGUCGCUUCUAAGCCAGAGGCAAACCUUCAAGUCCGAUUUGCCGUUAUUUCCGACAAGAAGGCACCUGGCGCGGCGCAGAGGAGCAGAUUCUAUCUUUUUCACCCCGAAUUCGAUCCGGAAGAAAGAAUGCGACGCGAAGGAAGCAGGAACAGGUACCGCGACCGCAGUGGCGAUGAUCGCUACCGCCGUAACGGCCGCGGAAGAAGUCAGCGAGGCCGCGAACCGAGUGUGGAGGUAUUCCACGCGAGCAUGUACGACGAUGAAGAUACUUCAGCGAACCGCGAGUCCAGAUCCACGCAACCGCGGAGGAGGUCGUCAUCCAGGGGCUCUAGCUCGCGCAGGGAUCAAUCCCAUACAUAUCGCAACCAGGAGAAGGAGCUCUUUCCAAAUCGAGGAUCGGGAGCGGGCAGGGGCCGACGAAACCGCUCGGCGUCACCGAUACGAGAUGUCGACGGUGACGCGGCGAUGGAUGUGGAGGCAGCACGGAUGUUGAGACCCAGCAACCGAGAAAGGGCAUCUGGUAUCAAGGAGCGUCUGGCCAAGGACAACACGGCGAAGGAGCUAUUCCCCGCUAAGGACUCUUCUGCCGGCAAGACGCAUAUGGACCGGGUCAUGGACGGUGCAGACGAGACCACGCAGCUAAUGCAACGCAAACUAUCAGUGGCCAACAACGACAGGGGCGCUAAGAAGGACUUGUUUGACAUUCGAGGCAGAGCCGAGAAAAGUGGUGCCGACACUGGCUUCGCCAUUAAGGGCGCAGCAGGUGCAAGUGUCAAGGAGCUGUUCCCAAAUCGCUUUGGAGGUGGUAACACGGGAAAGGAACUCUUUGCCGACAAGUUGGUGGGCCGUGGACGCAGACGACAGAAGGCUGAAGAUUUAUUCUCUUAGCAUUUCAAAGCAAGACUGCUCUGGGAAACAUGCUGCUAACAAAAAAGGUAUUUCUUCCACGGCGAUUUAAGGAAAGAAAUAGACUGCAAUGAUUCAUAUGAUGCCGUAGAUACCCGGAUAAUCAAGUUCAGGGUAACUUGGCAGAAGAAUUCCAAACCCCAUCAAGUACCGGAGACCCAGG